UUUCUCGGCCGUUCAUUUUUCAUUUCCCGCAACAAUGUGCACGUGUGUGUUCAACGGAUGCACCAAUGACGCGAUGCCACACUCGUUCAAGUGCUUGUUUCACGUCCACCGGGGACAAUGUUCGGCCGAGGCGUGCCACAACCAAGUGUAUGCCCGGGGGCGGUGCGUGCGCCACGGUGGCAAGAAGAAGUGCCGCGCCGUCGAUUGUACGGUCAAUGCCCGCGUCGGCAGCUUUUGCACCAAGCACAGCCCGACCCACUUGAUCCGGACGUGCUCCCAUCCAGGUUGCGACAAGCAGGCCCACUGGAAACGACGGUGCUUUCGCCACGGCGGGGCGCGAGUUUGCGCGGUGGAGGGAUGUGUCACCUACGCGCGGAAUCGAGGGCUGUGUGCCCGCCACACGCCCAGCCCCAUUCCCAUCGACGCACCACAGGGAGAAUUGGGCACACUGUCGAAAGCCGACAUCGCACACCUCGUUCAACUCGAGCUCCAAGAAACCCCGUCCACAUUUCGACCCAAGCUCGCGCCGUUGGUCGCCAACGAGUGGUUGUUCACUGCAGAAGACCUCGACAGAGUUCUCGACUUGAUGCUGGAAAAGAGUAUCACGUCCGACAUCAAGCGCGCGACGCUCGUUGCAUGGCCGUGAACGCGCCCAUUCGCGUUAAGAAAAUGAAGUUCCAGU